CAGCCAAUCGUCAUUGCAUUUGGCUGGAAGUAGGAGGCUGGACUUGGGAGUCAAAACAUGGCGAAAUAACAAGUUUCGCAGGUAGAAGCUUCGCCGUACCUGGUACCUUUGGACCGCAGUUUCGACAGAACUGGACGCCAAAGGACACGAUAGUUUAAGGAAAAGGAGAGCUCCAGUUAGUCUUAAACACACAGCCUGGCUGUGUUUCUCCCCCCUGGGUGGUUGGUAGUGCUAGGCGCGACUGUCAACACAGGAAAAAUAUGGAAUGAGAAAGUUUAUUCUGAGGAAAAAGACGAUUUAGCUUGUUAGCUCGGCGUCGUUAGCCACGGAUUGAUUACAGACACCUGAGUCGUUACUCUGAUUACUUUGCUGGGAAAAAAAAGUGGGAUUAUAUUUUUCCUGAGUCUUCGUAUAAAGUUUGGCAAGCAGAGACGGCGGGAGCUGAUUUUUAUUUUAUUAUUAUUUUUUUAUUUUAUUUGUGCCGCUUUGAUUUAACUGCAGUAUCCCUUCCCUGUAGGGAUCUAGUGUUAGUUUGACGUUCGGUUCUGGUGCGGACGGACCCGGACGCCAUCACAUCACAGACGUUGCGUUCUUUUAAUAAAAAAAAAAAAUACUGCGUUGAAUACCAGUAAAUUUGUAGGCGGAAUUAUUAGUGUUUCUCUAUUACAUCUGGUAGGUUUUUUUUUCCUUCUUGGAUUUUUAGAUCAUAUAUUUUUUUUAUUAUUAUUACAAGCUGGGAUGAUUUGCAGCAGCAGGAGAGACGCGGCGUCUUGUGAACAUGAACGCAUCAAGGUGGAGGUGCGUUUAGAGGCAACCAGCUGUUAGCUCGGAGCUGGGACGCUCUGUUCUGCUGUCGAAGCUUAUUUUAGACUCCUCGGAUUUUUAUUUUUUAUUCUUUCCAGUAGCUGACAUUUUUUUUUGUAAACCAACUGCUGUUAACGUUACAGCUCUUGGCGUGAAGCUAGCCUGCUGGGUGCGUCUCCGGCAGCUCCUGCGAUGGAUUUCCGACACUAAAGUGUUAAUUCAUAUCUUGAAUCAGCUGUGCUUUAAUGACCUCGAUAGACUAGCCCCAGAGGCAGCCACUUAUUUUAUUCUCAUCGUCAAAGUUGUUUUAUUUUUACUAAUAAGUGGCUAACUUGUUAGCUAACGUCAUAAGUUUGGCCAGCUAUGUCUGAAAACGCCCCCACGCGAAGCCUGGACGACAUAGACCUGGCAGCUCUGAGGGAUCCGGCAGGAAUCUUUGAGCUGGUCGAGGUCGUCGGCAAUGGGACAUAUGGGCAAGUGUACAAGGGCCGUCACGUGAAGACGGGUCAGCUGGCCGCCAUCAAAGUGAUGGACGUUACAGAGGAGGAAGAGGAAGAGAUCAAAGCUGAGAUCAACAUGCUGAAAAAGUACAGCCACCACCGCAACAUAGCCACGUACUACGGCGCCUUCGUUAAGAAGAGCCCACCAGGACAGGACGAUCAACUUUGGCUGGUGAUGGAGUUCUGCGGAGCAGGAUCUGUGACCGACUUGGUGAAAAACACUAAAGGCAGCUCUCUGAAGGAAGACUGGAUUGCGUACAUCUGCAGAGAGAUCCUGAGGGGUCUCUCUCACCUCCACGCCCACAAAGUCAUCCACAGAGACAUCAAGGGCCAGAACGUCCUGCUAACGGAGAACGCUGAGGUCAAGCUAGUUGAUUUCGGGGUGAGCGCUCAGCUGGACAGGACUGUUGGACGUAGGAACACCUUCAUCGGGACUCCUUACUGGAUGGCACCCGAGGUCAUCGCCUGCGACGAGAAUCCUGACUCCACCUACGACUACAGGAGUGAUAUUUGGUCUUUGGGGAUCACAGCCAUUGAGAUGGCAGAGGGAGCUCCUCCAUUGUGUGACAUGCACCCAAUGAGGGCCCUCUUUCUGAUUCCAAGGAACCCUCCUCCGAAACUGAAGUCCAAGAAAUGGUCGAAGAAAUUUAUGGAGUUUAUAGAGGGUUGCCUCGUCAAGACCUAUCACAGCCGGCAAAGCACAGAGCAGCUGCUCAAGCAUUCGUUUAUCAGGGACCAGCCCACUGAACGGCAGGUCCGAAUUCAGCUCAAAGAUCACAUUGACCGCACGCGCAAAAAGAGGGGAGAGAAAGAAGAGACGGAGUACGAGUACAGCGGUAGUGAUGAGGAGGAUGAGAAUCGCGGCGAUGACAGAGAAUCGAGUUCCAUCCUUAACGUGCCUGGUGAGUCCACGCUGAGGCGGGACUUCCAGCGGCUGCAGCAGGAGAACAAGGAGCGCACGGAGGCUCUCAAGAGGCAGCAAGCCCAACUGGCGGCUCAGCGCCGAGAUCCUGAGGAACACAAGAGGCAGCUGUUACACGACCGACAGAAACGCAUUGAGGAGCAGAAGGAACAACGGCGGCGCCUUGAAGAGCAACAGAGAAAAGAGCGAGAGAUGGUGAGGCAGCAAGAAAAAGGUCCCCAUCGGAGACUGGACGACAUGAGACGGGAGGAGGACAGAAGGAUGGCAGAGAGGGAGCAGGAGUUUAUCAGGCACAAGUUAGAAGAAGAGCAGCGGCAGUUAGAAAUCCUUCAGCAGCAGUUGCUUCAGGAGCAGGCGCUGCUUAUGGAAUACAAGCGAAAGCAGCUAGAGGAACAGCGGCAGUCGGAGAGGCUGCAGCGGCAGCUUCAGCAGGAGCAUGCCUACCUGGUGUCUCUGCAGCAGCAACAAGAGAAGAAGCCCCAGCUUUAUCACUAUAAUAAAAACCUUGAGCCCAACAACAAACCUAGCUGGGCCCGUGAGGUUGAGGAGCGGACUAAGCUAAACAGACAGGGGUCACCCAAAAUCUGCACCACCGUCUCCGACACUGCCAUCCAGUCACGCUCCGACUCCAUCAGUCAGUCUGGAAUGGUCCAGGCUGCACAGACUCCACCCAUGCAAAGGCCAGUUGAACCCCAAGGGGGUCAGGGCAAGUUCCAGAUGGCUCACUUGGUCCCGCUGAAGCCUUAUGCUGCCCCUGUCCCUCGCUCGCAGUCCCUCUGUGACCAGCCCACUAAGAACAUGUCCGCCUUCCCCACUCAGGAUCCCUCCCCCACACCCCGCCCCAUCCGUUCCAGAGAGCUUGUUCGUCAGAACUCGGAUCCUACUUCUGAAACCCCGGUUCCGCAGUUGCACCAGAUCAGGGAAGAUCGUGGCCCCUGGAUCCGCCUCCCGGAUGUGGAGCUCCCACCCAAGAUUCCCCAGAGAACUGCAUCUAUUGCCACUGCUCUUAACACCAACCUUACCUCUGGCAUUAGGCACCCUGUCAGAGCCAGCAAUCCAGAUUUGAGCCGCAAUGAUCGCUGGGAGAGAGGAGAAAGUAUGAACCUCAUAUCCGGUCUGCCGCAGACUGGCUCUCUUGAGAGGCAUCGAAUCCUCAGUUCCUCCAAAAUGGAGUCACCAAUUUUCUCCCAUGAAAGUCGUCAUAAGCCUGGGGAAUCCCGUACAUCCUCUCGUCCUGGGCGACCUGCUAGCUACAAGAGAGCUAUAGGGGAGGACCAUGGUCUCUAUGCUAAGGAGCGUGCUGAGGAGCCACCACGACCCCCAGUUAAGGCCAACGAUUACUCCUCCUCUUCAGAGAGCAGCGAGAGUAGUGAAGAAAGCGAGAGCGGCGAGGGGCCAGAGGAGGAAGAAAGUCCAACAGAUCGGAAGCUAAACACUGCUAGGGAUUUUCAGACCCCAGAGAAGAGGAGCCAUAAUGGAUACACGAACUUACCAGAUGUGGUGCAGCCGUCACAUUCUCCCACGGAUUCAGCCUCUCACUCCUCUCCAGGAAAGGACUCUGUUUAUGAUUAUCAGUCCAGGGGUUUGGUGAAAGCCUCGGGCAAGUCUUCCUUCACCACCUUUGUGGAUCUUGGCAUGUACCAGUCACCAGGUGGUACAGGGGAUAACGUGUCAAUCAGCGGCUCUAGAUUUGAGCAGCUGAAGAUGGAAGUGCGGAAAGGAUCUAUGGUGAAUGUGAACCCCACAAACACACGCCCCCCGAAUGACACGCCUGAGAUCCGCAAGUACAAGAAGCGCUUCAACUCUGAGAUCCUGUGUGCUGCGCUGUGGGGUGUGAAUCUGUUGGUGGGCACGGAGAAUGGCUUGAAGCUGCUGGACCGUAGUGGUCAAGGAAAAGUUUACCCACUCAUUAACUCCCGGAGGUUCCAGCAGAUGGAUGUUCUGGAGGGGCUCAACCUGCUCAUCACCAUAUCGGGUAAGAAGAACAAGGUACGUGUGUACUACCUGGCAUGGCUGAGGAAUAAGAUCCUCCACAACGACCCGGAGGUGGAAAAGAAGCAAGGUUGGACCACUGUGGGGGAAAUGGAGGGCUGUGUUCACUACAAAGUGGUGAAAUACGAGAGGAUAAAGUUCCUGGUGAUUGCUUUAAAGAACGCGGUGGAGGUUUAUGCUUGGGCACCCAAACCUUAUCAUAAAUUCAUGGCUUUCAAGUCUUUUGCAGACCUGCCACAUAGGCCCGUGCUGGUCGACCUGACAGUAGAAGAAGGCCAGAGGUUGAAGGUCAUCUACGGUUCCUGCGCUGGGUUUCACGCUAUCGACGUGGACUCUGGAAACAACUAUGAUAUUUACGUCCCUGUUCAUAUCCAGAGCCAAGUGACCCCGCACGCGAUCGUGUUCCUCCCCAACUCUGACGGCAUGGAGAUGCUGCUUUGCUACGAGGACGAAGGGGUUUAUGUCAACACCUAUGGACGUAUAAUAAAGGACGUGGUCCUGCAGUGGGGGGAGAUGCCCACAUCUGUUGCUCAUAUCUGCUCGAACCAGAUUAUGGGCUGGGGGGAAAAGGCCAUAGAGAUCCGAUCUGUGGAGACUGGCCACCUGGACGGGGUCUUCAUGCACAAGAGAGCUCAGAGACUGAAGUUCCUUUGUGAAAGAAAUGACAAGGUGUUUUUCGCUUCGGUGCGCUCAGGAGGCAGCAGCCAGGUGUACUUCAUGACUCUGAACAGAAACUGCAUCAUGAACUGGUGAAGCGGCCACUGCUGCGGUCAGUGCAUAGAACCCAGCAGGGGUCCGGAGAGCCCAGUGCAUCCGACAUUCUCCCUAAAGCAUGCACACAAUUACAAACACUACUGUUACCCUAAAGCUCCUGCAUACUUAUGUACUCCUACUGCAAAAAAACUAAACAAAAAGCAAAGACAUCCAGAGCUCACACAGCAACAAGAUAAAACAAAACAACACAGCAAAAAAACAACCUCUAAAUCCAUUCCAGCCGACACUCCUUAAGAUGCAGUUUUUUUCUCAAACCCCCUACGACACUCUACUUGGAAUAAACAUGAAAAAAAUCGCUGAUGAGAUUUAAAUUUUAAUAUCCUUGAUUAGUCUGGACUGUGAAUAUAUAUCCUAGCUUGAUUUAGUUACUGUCUUUAGUUUGGAUUCUUUCUAAUUGUGACGUAUGUUUAACAUUCCUAUGUUUGAGGAGGGCAUCAUUUUACAAAAGCUGUGUUUCAAAGUCAAUAAGGUUUGAGCUAGAAUCUGUUUCUAGUCGAUGAACCGCUGUUCACCCUCCUUAAUAUUUAGCGGUUCACUGAGUUCUUGCUACGUAUAAAGAUUGACCUGGAAGAUUAGUCAAGUCGAGGUCUAGAGGCUUUAAGUACUCUUGAUAUUUGUAAAUCCUGUUUUUUGUCACAGCAAUCAGGCCAUGAAUCUUUUAAAAAUAUCAAUAAAUUUUGGUUCAAAAUAAACGAUAAACAUACUUAGUCUUUUUUUUUUUUCUAGUGAGAACAAAAUCGGAAGGGAAACACGUCCUGCUUUGAUUUAUUUUUUUGAUUUUUAGAGACAACCAUCUUCCUUUAACUCCUAUCCAUCUUUCAUAGGUUUACAAAUUUACUAUUUAUAUGUAGUGAUUCUGUAAUAGUACUAGGCUACUGGUUUUCUUCAUUUUCACUGUACUUUUAAUGCCAUUGUAUUGCAAUAUAUUCUACUUUUUGUGGAGUGUUUUUGAAGAGGAGAGUUUGUACGCGAUGCGGAGUUAGGAAGCGGAGGUAGAGGAAAUGAGGGCGGUCGACCCGCCGUCAGCGAUCAACUCUGCUGCAUCGUAUUUUAGUCCUUCAACAGUUUGGUUUGUGUGAAUCUGUGUGAGAGAAUCUGUGUGAGCAGCCGAACUGCUCUUUGUGAAGUAGUUCAAAUCUGAGCAGUUUCUUUUCAGCUUAUCAGGCACUUUGGAAAACAUGGGUGUAACCCAUGAAACAUGAUAUGUAUUUACAUUCUGCCAAAGUUCAUAAGACGUGUUGGAGGGGCAGAGGAAAAAGAGGCCAAAUAAAGCAGAACCUUAAAAGAAUCUUUGGAGAAAAGGACUCCCAUACAUCACUAAGCAAUGUUAUGGAGUAAAGUUUGUCCCACUAUUUUUGAAAGCAAAUAUUAAAUUUAUUAAAUGAAAUAAAAAAGCAGUCCAGAAAUGAAACUUUUAACAAUCAUUAUCAGAAAAGAGUUUUGAGAAUAACUUUGCUGCUUUCUUAGAAUGUAUUUUUUUGAAAAA